UCUCUCUUUAUCCUCAUCCUGUGGCCAUGGGAGGCGCCCAUCCAUCCUCUCAUUUUCUCCCUCUCCCUCUUCCUUAGGGCCAGGAUUUCUCUCUCCUCCAUGGCGACGGCGUCCAAGGUCUCCUUCACCGCAGCCGCCGCAGCCGCAGUGCUCUUCUCGGUCUCCCCUCGUCCCCACCACCACCCGUCCAUCAACCUCCAGAAGCUCCACCCCUUCCCUCCUUAUCGGCCCAUCUCAAGAACUCUCCAGAGGAUCACUUGCAAGGCAACAGAGGUCUCGAAGGUCGAGGAAGGAGAGCCAGAAGUGGUUCCAAAAGGAGGGGAUGAUGGGAAGAAUUGGGUUCCAGUGGUCCCAUUGGCAGCGCUUCCCAAGGGGGAGAGGCGGGUGAUCAUCCAGGAUGGAGAAACUAUCUUGCUUCUCUGGUACAAAGAUGAGGUCUUUGCGAUCGAGAACCGGUCCCCUGCCGAGGGGGCUUACAGCGAAGGCCUUUUGAAUGCCAAGCUCACUCAGGAUGGUUGUAUUGUUUGCCCAACGACUGAUAGCACAUUUGAUCUUCGAACUGGAACGAUAAAGGAAUGGUACCCAAAAAACCCUGUUCUAAGGGCCCUAACACCAGCUUUGAGGACACUCUUUGUGUACCCUGUGAAAACAGAUGGGGAGAACAUAUUUAUCAGCAUGAAAGGUGUUCAAUCUGGAGGAUCGGCGGAGAUUGUUUUCAGUGGCAAAGCUAAUCCUGGUGUGACUGCAGCUGAUGUCAAUGUGGAAGAGGUGAGAAUGGUAGUUGAUGACGAUUUUGAAGGUUUUGGUUUCACAGGAAAGAAUGAAUUGAUAAAUGGGAAAGCAGCUAUAAUUGGCUUCCUACUAUUAAUAGAUUUUGAGCUUUUAACUGGUAAAGGUCUCCUUAAGGGGACAGGUUUCUUGGACUUCAUUUAUGCAGCUUCAAGGGCUUUCAACUCUUCAUAGACAUUCUUAUUAAUUCCUCAUGAAGGUGCUGCAAACUUAAGUCUUUAAUGAGUUCAGAAGACCGAAACAUUAGGGAUGAAAACAGAAUAGAUCAAGGGAUCUGCAAUUUCUCAAAUCCCAGACAGACUUGAACUUCAGCUCCAUUGCUCAUGUAGAAAUGUUGGAUUUUGCUUUCUCUUUGUAAGAUACCUGCUACAUUCCUGUUACAUAAAUACAAUGUGCCAAUUGUGCGUUUCUCACCAUAUUUAGAAUUUUUAUUUUGGUAUAUUGUUGGCUAAGCAUUCUGUGCAAAAUGCAGUAAGAUUUCUUCCAAGCAGAAGUUCCUGAUAAGCAGUGCAUUUCCUAAGUCACAUGCAUGGUGAGCCUAGCAAUUAGAAGGUCAAGAUUAUGUCAUAUUUUUCAGGGAUUUGCAAAUGUACCUUGACUCUUGGUCAACCUAUCAUUCUGCUGAGUUUAAAUGCCAUCUGUUAUACUAUAUUUAGCACAUUUAAAAUGCAUGUGACCUGUAGAAUCAUGUGGUUUGAGCGCAUUUCAUGAAAUUUAUGCGCUUGCUUUUGGCUGA